AAUGCAAAGACGUGCUUGCAGUGUGCGCACCGCAGGCAGCGCACCGGGGGGGGGAUUCUGGAAAUGGCUUUUAAACUAUUUUCCAGCGUCAACACGCUGGCCAGCACACGCCGGCUCAGGGCUUAUCGUCCAGUUUUUCGUGCGUCAAAUGGCAAUCGCGCGUUUACGGUGGAGCACGACAGGCAGACGCACGACUUCACCGUCCGCCUGCGGAGCGAGGAGGGCAACAGCGAACGUGUAGCGCGCCUGCGCUACGCGUUCACAGGCGAGAAGGAGGUGGACCUCCUGGCCACCUACGUGCCGGAGUCAUUUAGGGGAAAAGGUGUUGCGGCCCUUCUGGCAAAGGCUGCGAUGACGUUUGUGGUGGAAGAAAACCUCAAGGCACAUAUUUCAUGCUGGUACAUCAAGAAAUACAUUGAAGACAACCCACUGCACGGAUAUGAAGACCGUAUUAUUAACUGACCAUCACAGCGAAAACCAAAGCAACCGAAAGGACCAACACGCUACCUACCUCACUUAAAACCAGCUGCCACUUGAGGCCUAAUGAAAGCAUUGUCCUCCCCUUUGUAGUCAAAGUGGAGGAUGUGGGUAAAGUAUACAUGAAAUGUGACUGUUAAGGGGUUCUCCUUUUCAUGCAGUGGCCAUACUACAAAAUGAUUUCCAUCAGGUCUAUAUAUAUAUUUUCAUGGCUCCUACUGGAAAGUAAAGAGUUAAAAUUGACAUUGUCCUAGACUGUGCUAGAUUCUGGGCAUGUCACAGCUGCUUGUUUUCUGAAUCAGACACUUUUGUUAAUUUAUAUAUGAUAAUUGAGUUCAUAAUUGUGUGUCUCCUCGAUCAUUCAGAAGGAGAAGAAGGUAUACUUUAUUCAUCUCCGUGGGGAAAUUCAUCUUCUUUCCACACCCUAACCGUGGAGCUAGGAGCAGCGGGCGGCCGCCGGGGAUGCCUCGGUCAGGGACACAGACAGGAGUAUUUACCUUUGAGCGUGGGAGGAAACCACACGGACACGGGGAGAACAUGCAAACGCCACACAGGACCUGGGAGGGCCUGAAGUUGGAACCCAGGACCUUCUUGCUGUGAGGUAACAGUGCUACCCACUGGGCCACCGUGGUUAGCACAGGAGUAGUAUGUAUGUGAUAACUCCGUGGAAGUAAAAAGGUACCUCAUAUUUAUGAAGAGAAUAACAUAAGCCUUUUUGUUCCAAAGUUAAGGAGGUUCAUGUCUUCGUUAUUUGCACACGACCUUCUGUAAAAGGUACACUAUACUUACUUACUAUACUUAUAGUAUAAAGUAUAUAUACUAUACUUAAUGUGUAGGCAGCACGGUGGCACAAUGGUUAGCGCGGUCGCCUCACCGCAAGAAGGUUCUGGGUUUGAGCUGCAGGGUAGUCCAACUUUGGGGGUGGUCCCAGGUCGUCCUCUGUGUGGAGUUUGCAUGUUCUCCCCGUGUCUGCGUGGGCUGAAGAGCACAUGUUACUAUUAACCAGAGGAUUUGUAUUCUUUUUAUUUGAACCUUGUCAGAAUAAACGGAGAUU